AUGAUGGGUAAGUCUGGUUUUAGUUUAACCGAAAGUGGGGCGCUUGACGUGAGGGAUGAUGUAUGGAAGGAAUACUUAAAGAUCGACCCUAACGCAAAACCGAUGAGGUACAAGUUAUGGCCAUUUUAUGCAGAUUGGUGUGACAUAUUCGGAAAUGACAUGGCAACUGAAACCAACAAUAAUACUUCCCCACCGGAAGUACAUACGCAUGAAGAGUCAAAUUUGCAUGUUGGGGAGUGUAGUGUGUCUGGCAGGGAGAAGAGGUCUAGAAAAAAGAAAAAAGUCGUGGAGGAAGACAAUCAGUUCGUGGAGACGUUGUCGUCAUUCUGCAAGGAGACUGCAAAGUACAGAUCGGACAUAGUGGUGAGGGUCGGUCAUGCCCACGAUGCGACCGAAAGACGUGGAAAGGUGUACGAUGUGUUAAAAGGUAUGCCCAACCUUACUAUGGGGGAGAGACUACUAACCACCAAAUACCUUUGCAACAAGAAUGAAGACCUGGACAUGUUUUUUAGCCUUGAUGAUGAGGCGCGGGUGAAAAUGGUUCAGAUGAUUAUUGAAAUAAGGGAUUUGGAAGGUUCAAGCUUGGAUUUACAGAUAUCCGGCUUUAUGUUUAUCGAUGGUAUAGUCCUUGGUCAUGUCAUUGUCGUCAACCUCGAAAUCCCGACCUUGAGGCGAUACAACGUUGCCUGGUGA